GCCUGACUGCCUAAGGAACCGCCCACGUGGGGAAUCAGAUAAGGCGUGAUUGCCCAAUCGGGGAGAGAAAAUGACCCCGCCCUCAGAAUUUAUCGCCAAAGGAAUUUCCAGGUUGCAUUGGAUGCCCUCAUUCCCUCUACUUCGCCGUUCCCUCGCAACCCUCACAACUAAACCCCUUAGGAAAAUCGAGUCUGCCAAGCAACUUGCCAAAAGAAUGGGUUCUCUUCCUAACACUUACACGGACCCUGUCCGUAUUGCGGUCAUCGGUGGAACUGGUCUUCGCGAACUGCCUGGUUUCACUCAGGUUGCUUCCUUGAACAUCUCGACUCCCUGGGGCACUCCCUCCUCCCCGAUCACCAUCCUGCACCACAACUGCUCUCACAACAACCAGACCGUCGCUGUCGCUUUCCUCAGUCGUCACGGCCUGCACCAUCAGAUUGCCCCCCAUGAGGUGCCUGCCCGCGCCAACAUCGCUGCCCUGCGCUCUAUUGGUGUCCGCACCAUCAUUGCCUUCUCGGCCGUCGGUAGCUUGCAAGAGGAGAUCAAGCCCCGCGACUUCGUGAUUCCAGACCAGGUCAUUGACCGUACCAAGGGCAUCCGGCCUUUCACAUUCUUCGAGGGAGGUGUGGUUGCUCACGUUCCUUUCGGAGACCCCUUCGAUGAGGGUGUUGCCAAGGUUGUGAGGGCUUGCGGCCACAGCCUCGAGGGCGAGGGUGUUGUGCUGCAUGACCGCGGCACAUUGGUGUGCAUGGAGGGACCUCAAUUCUCCACCCGUGCUGAGAGCAAGCUCUACCGCUCCUGGGGUGGCAGCGUCAUCAACAUGUCCUGUCUUCCUGAGGCGAAGCUGGCUCGUGAGGCCGAGAUUGCCUACCAGAUGAUCUGCAUGUCCACUGACUAUGACUGCUGGCACGAAGCUACCGCAGAUGUCACUGUGGAAAUGGUCAUGGGAAAUAUGAAGGCCAAUGCGGAGAACGCUAAGCACUUCGUCACUGCCGUCCUCGAUGAGCUCGCCUCUGACAAGAACUCGGAACUCGUUCAGGCCAAGCAUGUGGAAGGCUCUGUCAAGUUUGGUCUCAGCACCGCCCAGCCUAACUGGAGCCCUGAAGCUAGAGAGAGGAUGAACUGGCUUUUCCCUGGAUACUUCAACUAAUUCAUUUACUAUUAGAGAAGGUGCUUGAACAUACCAACAUACACAUGUUUUCCUUGCGAUAGAUGUCUAUAGUUGAUUAUGAACUUAUGAAUAAAGUCUGUGCCAAUGAUGCAUUUUUCGUGAUUGUUCUUAAUCUGUUCUUCUUUAUUUGUCAUUGAAUCGUGUUAUCAGUUUCAUUUUCCAUUCCAUCAGAGAUUGGCGACGAGACAAACAAAUAUUCACUGAGCGUGAGUCCUGUCGCCGAGAACUCGUGCGCACAAGUUGAUACAAAGAGGCUGAUUAUGUCGGCGCUGCCUGUGAUAGGCAAGUAUUCUUUAACACGUACACUUACUCCCAUGAAUUGUUUGUCCUCACCAUCUGCCCCGUCAGUCACGACCAUGGACUACAUCAUAGACCC